AUGCCGAUCUACAUUCUUUUUAAAUACUCCCAAAAGUGCAUCAUUGCGGCGGUGGCGGCAGGUGCUGGCAGCGCUGGGACGGGAACGUGGCGGGGAAAGCGAGCUCUGGAAGACGCGCCUUCCUCUAGGAGCAGGGCAGCCGGCUUCCCUCCCCGGCCCCGACGCCGCUUCGGGACGGCCUUUCCCCACCGGCCGCGCCGCCGGCGUCACGCCGCCACCCGGCCCGCACCCCGCCACGCCGCCGCCGCGCUCCGGCCCCGGCGCCCCGCAGCACCCCCGGAGCCCCCUCCCCGGCCGCCCGCAGCGCGGCUGCGCGCAGCAUCUCCGGCGAGCCGUGAGGCGGGCCCGGGGAGACGCCGCGACUUCCCACGGCCGCCCAUUCGAAAUUCGCCGGAGCCGCCGCCUCUCCUCCGCGCGCCCCGGGGCCGGCAUCGCUCGCUCCCUGCCUCCCUCCGUCCGUCCACAGCCCCCUCUCCUCCCUCAGGAGCCCCAGCAACCUGCGAGCGGGAAAACCUGUGCCGGUCGGGGUGCCUCCCGCCCCGGGGCUCCGCUCGGACGUCCGCUCCCUCAGGGAGCCGCGCUCCCACAACCGCCGCCGCCGCCGCCGCGCGCGCGCGCGCCCCGCACCACUCACCGGCUCGAGUCCCAGCAGCCAUCUUAGCUCUCACGGCGGGCCCCGGGCUCCCCGAUUCGGAGGCCGCGGGCAGGAAGGCUCCGGCGAUACGUCAGCGCUGA